CUUGCCAUUGCUAUGACAGGUAGGUGAUGAUGAUUUUGGGUACAUGUUGGCCGACAUUUUAAAACAAAACAAUGUUGACAAUUCAGGCAUGCGAUUUGACCACAAUGCAAGGACUGCUCUGGUUUUUGUUACUCUCAGAGCUGAUGGUGAGCGUGAAUUCUUAUUUUUCCGUAAUCCAAGUGCUGAUAUGCUUUUUCAUGAAUCAGAACUUGAUAUUAACCUUAUUAAGCAGGCAAGGAUCUUCCAUUUUGGUUCAAUUAGUUUGAUUGAGGAACCAUGCAGAUCAACCCAUCUUGCUGCGAUGGCCAUUGCCAGUAAGUCUGGUUGCAUCCUCUCCUAUGAUCCAAACUUGAGAUUGCCGUUGUGGCCAUCGGCAGAGGCUGCUCGGAAUGGCAUAAUGAGUAUAUGGGAUCAAGCAGAUAUUAUCAAGAUAUAAGUGAGGAUGAAAUUGCAUUCCUAACUGGUGGUGAUGAUCCUUAUGAUGAUGAGGGGGUAUUGAAGAAGCUUUUUCAUCCUAAUCUUAAGCUUUUGAUUGUAACUGAA